UCCUCCCUCAUUCCCUUGCUAUGCUCCUAUUUGAGCUUUCCUCUCCCCUCUCUCGACUCCAAUUCCCUCUCCAUUGCCGCUGCAAAUGGGUAGGCACGGCUGCUGCUUCAAGCAGAAGCUGCGGAAGGGGCUGUGGUCGCCGGAGGAGGACGAGAAGCUGAUCAGGCACAUCGCAAAGUACGGCCAUGGCUGCUGGAGCUCCGUCCCCAAACAAGCAGGUCUCCAGAGGUGCGGGAAGAGCUGCCGGCUCCGGUGGAUCAACUACCUGCGGCCCGACCUCAAGCGGGGCACCUUCUCGGAGCAGGAGGAGGAGCUCAUCGUCGACCUCCACGCCGUGAUGGGAAACAGGUGGUCGCAGAUCGCCGCGCGAUUGCCCGGCCGGACGGACAACGAGAUCAAGAACUUCUGGAACUCCUGCCUCAAGAAGAAGAUGCGGCAGCGCGGCAUCGACCCGAGCACGCACGAGCCGCUCGCGGAAGCCUCCUCCGCGCCAUUGCCGGACGAGCCCGCCGGCGAACUCAAGCCCGCUUCCACCAAGAACUCUUCCUCGCAGUCAAAAAACAUCUUCUCCGACCAAUUCAUCUCCGACCAAGUGAAUUGGCAGCAGCAGCAACCUCUCUGGCUCACCCAAAUCAAUCACGAGCCCCUCAUCUCACCGCCCGCCAGAAAGCCCGAAACCCCGGCGCAGUUUUUCGACGGAAUCCAGCACAGCGGCGGCGCAGUCUACUCCAGCAACAGCAGUGACCAAAGCAGCAGCUCCCUCUUCGAGAACGGACUCUUCCCCGCCUUGCCCCAGUCGCAGCUCGAAGCCGAGCCCGACGAGCUCAAGUACUGGUUCGAGUACCUCGAGACCUCCUUCCCCAAUUCCGCCAUGGAUUCCGAUGUCAAGCCGGAAGCCGAGUCCACCCUCACCGACCUCGACCACUCCCUGUUGCAGUCCUUUGACAUUUACAACAAGCUUCUGCAACAUAACAGAGAAUGAAGGAGCACAAAAUGGAAAUCGAUAUCUGUAAUUUCCAAUUUUUACAGGUUUGUCAUUUGUGUGUAUCGAAUGAUUUUUCUGGUGUGUAAAAUGAAUAUCGUCUCAGAUUUUUAGG